AUGUCUUCGCUUCGCUCUACCGCUUACCCUCUCGAUGGCGAGAUCAUCGACAUUGGUGGCUCUCUCAUCGACCUCACUUUCGUCAACGACCAACUCCCCAAGGCCUUUUCUGGACAGGGCGAUUUCCCCAAGGAAGUUGCAUACACUACCGGAAUGGAAAAGUGGAAUGCCAUCGCAGUUAAGUCUUACCAGACUAAGGAUGAGAUGGCCAUUAUCAAGGCUACUGCCGACAAGGUGGUCCAGGGCUUCAAGUCCGGCACCCAUAUCAUCGAUCUCGGGGCCGCAAACAGUCGUAAGUUCAUGCCUUAUGUCCGCGCCUUCAUCAAUCAAGGUAAGGAAUGUGUCUACGUCGCUCUUGACCUUUCCCACCCCUCUCUCGUCGACCAUCUCGCCAAGGCCAAGGCUGCCUUCCCUGAAGUGAAGUGCAUUGGUCUCUGGGGAAGCUUUCAACAGGGUGAUGUCUACUUUAAGCAGACUCGUCCUACUGCUCGCCUUUUUCUAUCUCUCGGUUCCAUCUUUUUCAACGCCCCAGACGACAUGGCCAAGGAUCGUUGCGUCGAAUUCAAGGGCCAUCUCACUUCUGAUGACCGUCUGAUUGUCGGCCAGGACAGUCCCGGCGCCGAUGCCGGCACUAUUCACGCUGCCUACCUCACCAAGGAGUACGAUGACUUCUUCACUAACUACCUCCAGGGUCUCCAGGAUCAUGCUGGUAUCAAGGGUGUUAACCCCCUGACUGACUGGGAUGUCCGGAGCAGACUCAACAAGGCCAUGCACUACUUCGAUGUGACCGCUAAGAAGAACAUGUACUGCCGUAAGUUCCGCAUCAAUGUCCCUGCUGGUACUGUUUACCAGAUGUUCAAGUCCUGGAAGCGCGCUGAGGCUGAGAUCCACGAGUUGACUAUCUCUGUCGGUCUUGGUAUUGAGACCCUUGGCAAGGCCCCGAACUCUGGCAUGCGCCAGUACCUCAUCAAGGCUUCUGAGAAGUAA